UUUCCAUUCUACUUAAAUAUCGACGCUAACGGCAUAAUUAGCGGGCGGCUUUAAGAAAGUAUCUGAAACAUUCGUGUCGUCGCAAAAGAGUGCUUUGCAGCGUCGAGUGAAACUAGAAAACCGCGCGGACAACGCUUUUAUUGCCCAGCUGGUGUAAUCUGGUAAACCAAAAACACCCGCGUAACUCCUCCUGAUCCGAAACACGCCCCCGGUCAUAGCGACCGGCACCAGCGGCGUGAGCUCGCAGUGAAGUCGGCGUACUUCGAAAAUUAGUCGAUGUUCAAUUCGCGGAUCCCAGGUGAGCAUCAACCGCAGCGCACGGCCGAUCUGGGUGGACUGGUGACUGGUCGACUGUGACCACAUGUUGUGCUGUUGUGUUCAGGCCCAACUGUGAACGGCGGUUCGCCACACAGGCCAUGACAGGUCAACAAUGGAUAAAGACUAGCAUCGUACUGCAAAUUGUUAGAUCAUAGUUAAUGGAUCAGAACAUGCAAUUAUUGGACUUCCAGGCCGGUCAAACUGUACGACUGCAUCAGAAUAGAGUUUAUACAUUAAAUCAGAUCAUUCGCUAAAAAUGGAGUCACUGAUUGACGCCACUAUUUUUUUUUUGUAGUCCAAAAAAUGGAGACCUCAGUGACCUAAUAGCCGUCUGAUGCAGCUAUGAGAUAAUAAAAUAACAUUAAUUUAUAGUCGUACUUUCAGGGAUUUCUCAGUAUUGACAUUGUGUCCAUCACAUCUGCCUCUGCGCUCGCGACGUUCGAACUCUGUGAAAACCGCGAAAGUUCUCAUCGCGUCAUGGAACGAAAGCGCUACAUUAGUGUUCUCGAACGCGUUUAAACUACACGGGAAGCUCGGCGCUUUGUUACAGUUCUUCCAGCGAGUUAAGUAUAAGUUACAACUUGAUACAAAAGAAUCGUAUCUUUCUCCAUUCAGACGGGUCAUAUUUUCAAGGAAAAAAAUGACAGCUAGGCCUUGUUAGGCUUUUAAAUAACAAUAUGACAGUGACGUUAGCCGAUUCCCGUUAGCCCAUGUCGAGUCUUCCGCUAAUAAUUUGAGCCUAAUUACACAGUUCAAGAAAAGUGUUCAUGUUUUUAAGCCAACAUAACUUUCAUUUUGGAAAACAGACAUUAGGUCUAGAUUAUCUGCGUUCACGGUGGUGUUUGCAAACUCAUGUAACGCUAGCAGUUGUAGGAGAUGUGGCCAGGCUACGUGUUGUAAUAGUCUCACGUUGUACCAAUGUUUAAUAUCCCUGUCCCUCUAGAAUAGCGGAUAGCCUUGAAACUUGUGACUGCUUAAUACGAAAUAAUAUUUACUGGCCACUUCUCCUCACAUGUCCAUUAGCUGUGGGAGGUUCAAUUGUACUCAACUAAUUAUUUGAAAGACAUUUAGUUACCGAAAGUGGUGAAACAAUACACCAGCCACAAAGCAAAGAGUAGAAAAAUAUCAGAAAAUAAACUAUUCUGUGGUGCAAUAUUAACAGUUUUAAGUUUCUUUAUUAUUUUCCAACUUGCUAAACAACCACUGGAACCCCCCCCCAUCCUCCCACACACAAAUGGGUUGGGAACUACUGUAAAUAAAAGUUGUUUGUUUUUAUGCAACAGGCGCCUCCGCAACAUGAGCACAGGGCCAAGGAAACAAGCUGCCUUCAUCCAGGGAAACCAGAGCACGAUUGAACAUGAUGCUUCUCACUCAGCGCUCUUCUACCUUUUCCAAGAAGUUUCCAAGCUGGCAUCUCCCGUUCACAACAGCUUCCUGGACCCAAAUCUGCCAUCUGCGUGGCUACACGAGACAUCUAGACAUGCUCCUCUGAUCGUCGAAAAAAAGGAGGAGGAUGGACAUCUGUUUAAAAUCUCCAAUGGUUCCUGCCAGUAUAGUUUGUCACCUUAUAAACAGAUGAAAAAGGUGAAGGAGGAGAAUCACUGCAGUAAGGUCACAACUGUGGUUGAGCCGCAUCCUAAAGGCAACAGCCCCUGGAAAGUAUUGAGUCUGAUCAAUCUGCAGUGUGAGAGGCUCCUCCAUCAAGGAGAUGUGGAAUCAGAACCAAGUUUAUUAUCAUCUACCACAAAAUUAGGCCAUUCAAUAGACAAAUCAUCGACUGCAACAGCGGAUGUAAUGGAUCAGAGAGUCGGCGGUGCAAGUGUUGAGUGCUCUCUGAGACCAUCCCUUAUCUGCGAGAGUCAAGUAAUCCCAUCCUGUGUCCGUCUUGCGGAUGGUGUGAGAGGGAACUGCAGAGCCAGAAGUUAUAAACCACAGUGCCGUGUGAAAGACUCCAAGGUUGGCUGCUGUGUUCAGUCACAGGCCGCCGAAAAUGUUUCAUUGCUCACUGUUGACAGACAAUGUGAGUGUAACCAGGAGUGUAGGAGGGUUUAUUCUGAACAAGAUAUUUUGCAUGCACCCUUCUCUGAAAAGUUUUCUUCAGAACCGCACAUCCCCUAUGCAUUCCUUGAUGCCCAGCUGACUUUUAAUUCAAAUGAAGAUGCAAAUGUGGCUCUGUCAAAGCCAGCACUGGACCCCAAUUCAAACCUUAAUUUGACUGCAGAGCCCCCGUGUGACGCCCAGCUGCACCCUCCGAACCCCGUCCUGCCUCCGCGAUCAGCAUCACUUUUAUUUGGCACUCCAGAGAAGUGUCAGUCCCUCGCAAAAAGAGAUGACAAAAUCGCAUCAUCAGAACCAGAAUGUACAAACCCAUCACCGUCUGCGACAUCAAAGAAGGAACAGAGGCCACUACAAAAUGAGGACAUUUCGUCUCCAUCUCCACAGCAGUGGAUAACCAAGACUCCAAGAAAACAACCUCAUCCCAGGCGCAGUGCGGAUAUCCAGGACCCAGACUUCCAGGGAGUGUCGUUCAGGAUGUACAGAGAGCUGGACGACAACAGGGAACAGUGUCGGCUACUCAUAACUUCAAACUACAGCAAGGAGUUCCGCAGGAGUGUGAGGAAGCCGAAGCAGAAAAAACGGACCUGCCAGAAAUCCAGUAAAAGCAGCAGCUCGGAUGAGGAAAGCUACCUGACAGCCAGCAGUUCUAAGGUUAAGGUGUGUGCAUCAUGCUGCACCAGGAAGACCCCCAUGUGGAGGGAUGCAGAGGAUGGGACCCCACUCUGUAAUGCCUGUGGAAUAAGGUAUAAGAAGUACAGAGUGCGCUGUGUCAAAUGCUGGCAUAUCCCCAGGAAAGAGGGCAACUCCAACUCGUGCUGCCUCAAGUGUGGAAACUUUGUGAGGCUGACCUCAGCUCAGCGUAAACACAACGCCUAAAGAGACACACUCGGAGCACAGGCUUUUGAGUCCACAUGUGAAUGAGCUCGACGCGCAUUUGCACACAACAGUCCAAGACGACGCUCUCUGCUCCGGUACUUGUUUGUCCUCCGCCAGGAACGCAAACAUAGAGGAGCAGCACCAGCUUCUUACUUGACUCGGUAUUUAAAUUAGUGUCACUGCUACACUGUUGUACCUCAGGAAACGGCACUAACGUCAUGUUGGCUCUAUGGUCGCUUGUAAGAUGCUGUAUACACCAGGGAACAACAUUCAAAAAGUAGAGAAAAACUUUUAAAAUGGGGGACCUCGGAAAAAAAACUCCCUGUACUUGAAUGUUUACACUGAUCUGUCCAUUUGUGCUCGAACCUGUUUGUAGCUUUUUCUUUUUUACUGAUUUGUAGCAUUCCUAAUAUUAAUGGCAUCCUGAAGGGCCAGGAAGUGGACGCAUUCAGUGGAAAAUGUCACGUUUUUUUUCCACCUGAAUAGCUCCAGCGUUCCUUGUGUAUAAGUGGUCAGCUGCACCAGAUGGCCGCAGCAGAAAGUUAUUUUUGCGCAGAAUCACAAACUGCAACCUGAGCUCAGUGCUGCGUUCACUGCCAUCAACUGCAGAACGAUUCACUUCUCAGGACCUUUCGACGGCAAGGCUGUCUGCGAAGUUCUAUGGAUAUGCUCAUUUAGUUGCAUGCGUUAAAUUAAAUUAUUUAUCGUCUUUUGUCAUUGAUUCUAAUUGUGGUUUGUUUGGGGUUUGUUGUGGUUCAUUUGGGUUGCUGCCGGUUUAAAUUGGUACAUGGAUUUACUCAUUAUUGCUGUUUUGUGUGAGAAGAGUAUAAAUAAGAUGUGUGUGUGCGCGUGUGCUUGUGUGUGUGUUGCAGGGUUUUGGUCUGUAUUAAAUUCUGUAUGAAAC